AUGCCCGUGCCAACGACAAUCACAAACAAGCUUCGCUUCCAAUGCCACCAGCAGGCAAAAGAGGUCCCUCGAAUUGUCAUCGAGGCCAUGGAAGCCCAAGCUACACAAGCCAACCACAUCCUUCCCUCGCUUUUCAAAUACCUGUCCGGGGAGCUCCCUGAUUCCGGGAACACCUGGUUCAUUGUUUACGGACCUGACGAGCGAGUCCUCUACGUUGCCUCUUGCAACAGGACGCCGUUGGGCGACUACCCCCUCUUCAUCUUCACUACAAUCCCCACUGACCGAUUCACUGACGACAUAGCCGUCGCAGACAUGAAGUUCCUCUCCGAUCAUAUGUCCCCCAUCAUCCACCACGAGCGCAUCUACUCCGUGUUCGCCAUCGACGUCGUCGCGGAGGCCUUCGCCAAUGCGUGGUACGCAAAGACGGGGAUCGAACCAUACCGCAAACCGUUCUACGACUGCACUGGCUCUUUUUGCACCAAAAGGGACCUCAAGCCCCGCAGGCAAAUGACCGUGCUCUCCACGCAAGGCAUCGACUACGAGAUCCGCCGAGGAACAAAAGUUGACAUCCCUGAGAUCGCAGUGCUCUGCGAGCUCUUCGCGCAAGAAUCGGCACGGUUAGAGGCCACACUUUUGGUCGAGCAAAAUGCCGUCUGGGUCCACCGUGUCCGCCGAAGGGGUACCGAUGACGAAUGGGAGAUCGCAUCCAUCGCUGCAUGUACCCGGAACACUGCGACCAUGGCCACCAUCACGAAGGUCUAUACCAACCCCGACUGGAGGCGCAACGGCUGCGCCGAGCGCUUGACUCGAGAGGUCUGCAAACAGCUCUUCGCGGUCGGGAAGGAAAAGGUUGCCCUUUUCGUCGGCAACGACAACCCGGCCAGGUUUGUGUACGACAAGGUUGGCUUCGUUGGCCUCCGCGAUGGUACACCCCGAGUUCAAGGCGUCGACCGCUGGCUCGAGAUUGGAUUCGACAAGCAUCGCGUUCGUCAAGGCCACUGUUGA